UUUGCACAAGUGACGCAAUCAUUUUUUAGCCACGUAUUCUCUUUAAUUGCUAGUCGCUGCUUUAGAGCCACAUUUAAAGCCUAUUGAGCUAAAUUAAGCAUUUAAAACUAUUUAAGAAGCAUAAAAACGCUUAUUUGAGUGACCUUCUUAUUAGUUCAUUUCAUAAAUCUUAAUUAAAAAUUACGCUAUACCUACUUAGGUAUCAUAAAUUAUACCUAAAGCAUUUCUUCAUUUCAUGCGCUUAUUAUAAUUUUAAGUUACCUACUACGAGUAGUGUACAGCGGUUUAACUUAUUACGCGCAGUUAAAUCUAAACACAAAAAAUACAAGUGUUUGUGCAAUCGUGUUACAGAUAAGGCCCGGCCGCAUCUGCCCGGCAACAACAACUACUCCGCACAGCUGCGCCGCGCUUUCCGCUGACUCCUGCAUUCCGCACAGCACUGUUGCCGCCCGAGCCAACCACUGUGACUGCGAACUUAGGCCAAAUUUACCCACCCCCUCCACUUCGGCCGCGGCCUCUCCUCCUGCCUGUGUGUUCUGCGGCGGCGAGCACCGUAUUUACGAUUGCUCGUCAUUCCUGUCCCUGUCCAUUGAAGACCGGAUCUCCGGAGCGUCAAGGUUACGCCUUUGUCUUAAUUGUCUUCGGAAGGGGCACACUUCUUAUCGCUGCAGAGUAGCUACUUGUCAAACAUGUAAGAAGCGCCACAAUACAUUGCUGCAUAGGGAAACUCCUCAGGUUGCAGAUUCGCCCGUAGACGCGCCUCUGCCGCAGUCGGCACCCGCGCCCGCGCCCGCUCCCGGGUUGUCGUCUAAUAUGACCGUAUCGCAUUCGGACCAGGUACUUUUACCUACCGCGUACGUAGACAUAUAUAGCCCGGCUACUGAUAGUUACGUAACGGCGCGCGCGUUUUUAGAUUGUGGAAGUAUGACUUCUAUUGUCACAAAAGAUUAUAAGCAAAAAUUGCAACUGGCACCGCUGCCCAGUGAUAAAAAUCUUUUCGGAUUAUCUGACGUUCCUAUAGCCAAUAGUCCCGAGCGUUGUUUCGUUCAAAUUCGAUCUAAACAUGAUCAAAAUAUAAAAUUCGACAUCGCAUGUUUAGCUCUGGACAAAAUCAACAGCAGUUUGCCGCUAAAGCCUAUUGAUAUCACCAAUAUCAAGUGGCCGCGUAAUAAAAAACUCGCCGAUCCUCAGUUUAAUCGACCGGGUCCCGUAGAUAUUUUAAUUGGCGGUGAUGUUUUUUGGACCUUGGUAGGGGGCGAGCAAAUUGAUUUAGGGCACGAUUCGCUUGUUUUGCGCAAAUCAAAACUAGGUUGGUUAGUGGUUAGUAAAUAUAACCCAUUUUUGAUGUUCAACGAUAGGUCUUUAAAUUCUCCUUUGCAGUGCAAUCAUUUGUACACGACCAAUGAAGACCUUGACGACUCGCUCACCAAAUUCUGGAAGCUGGAGCAAGUGCCCCAACCUAGCCAACCGUUUACAGAUUUAGAGGCAGAAUGUGAGCAACAUUUUGUCACUCACACAUAUCGCGAUGAUAACGGAAGGUUUCACGUGCGUUUGCCAUUAAUUACGGAACCCGACUGUUUAGGCGAUUCCUAUCGCUUCGCUAAAAAACGGUUCUAUGCAUUAGAAAAGCGAUUUAAACGCAAUCCUGAAUUAAAAUCGGCUUACGAGCAAUUUAUUAAUGAAUAUGCCGAAUUAGGUCACCUCUCUGUGUCCGACUCUGACAUUCCUGACCCCUCUUUUUUUGUGCCGCAUCAUGCUGUGCAAAGGCCCUCCAGCGAAUCUACGAAGCUUCGUGUUGUUUACAAUGGAAGUGCCCCCACCACAUCUGGCUAUUCAAUAAAUAAUCUACAGAUGGUUGGGCCAACAAUUCAAGACUCGCUAUUUAAUAUUCUCUUGAGGUUUCGUACCUACAAAUAUGUCUUGACUGGUGAUAUCGCCAAGAUGUAUCGCCAGGUCAUGGUUCAGGAGUGCGACCGCGAUUUACAAUUAAUUCUUUGGCGCUCCAAUGAGACUGAACCUUUAAAAACUUUACGACUCAAUACAGUCACUUACGGGUACUCGAGUGCUAGUUUUUUGAGCACACGCUGUUUAUGGCAAUUGGGUGAGGAAUGCGCAGAUGAAAAAAUUAAAACUAUCAUUCAAAAUGAUUUUCUAGUCGAUGAUUUAUUAACAGGCUCACACAGAGGAGGAAUUGCGUUACAUCAAAGACUCAGUUGA